ACCCUUCGUUUUUCCGGCAAUGAAAAAAAAAGCAACGCCUUCUGAAACGUCGCCUGCAGCUGAUGGAUCAGUGGCUCAGAAAUGGAGAGCGACAACACUGUAAGGAGACUCAAAGCCUUCGGGACACACAAGUACGUCGCGCAGGAAAACGACGGUUCCCGGCACCGCUGCGGCAAUAACGGAUACAGCGGUGACCCGAAGAGGAAGCCCGAAGUGAGCCUGUACUUGCUGCGAGAAGGGCUCGCAGCCUGUCUGGUCGCCGUGUUUAUUCUGGUGCUCUGGGGACUUGUUCACUUGUCGUUACGGCAGCUCGUCGUUGGAAAGACGAGCGGCGAGUUCGACGCAGCGAGGGCCAGACAACACUUGGAGCACAUCACCAGCGUCGGCCCCCGGCCUGUGGGCAGCCAGGAGAAUGAAGUCCUCACUGUGGGUUAUUUGUUGGAGCAGAUCGAGAACAUCCGGGCUGAAUCCGCAGCGGGCCUUCACCAGCUCACAGUCGACGUGCAGCGCCCCACCGGCUCCUUCUCCAUCGACUUCCUCGGAGGCUUCACCAGCUUCUAUGACCGCGUCACCAACGUCGCUGUCAGGCUCGAGCCCAAGGGCGGCGCACAGCACCUGAUGCUGGCUAACUGUCACUUUGACACCGUGGCCAACAGCCCAGGUGCCAGUGACGACGCAGUGAGCUGUGCGGUGAUGCUGGAGGUUCUCCACUCUUUGGCCAACCAGUCCACCCCCCUUCGCCAUGGAGUCGUCUUUCUCUUUAACGGAGCGGAGGAAAAUGUCCUGCAGGCCAGUCAUGGUUUCAUUACCCAGCAUCCCUGGGCCAAGCAGGUGCGAGCCUUCAUUAACUUGGAGGCUGCGGGCGUCGGGGGAAAGGAGGUUGUUUUCCAGACAGGUCCUGAAAACCCGUGGUUGGUCCAGGCCUACGUCCACGCAGCCAAACACCCCUUUGCUUCUGUGGUCGGCCAGGAGGUCUUCCAGAGCGGCAUCAUCCCCUCCGACACCGACUUCCGCAUCUACAGGGAUUUUGGCAACAUCCCAGGAAUUGAUCUGGCCUUUAUUGAAAACGGUUUUAUCUACCAUACUAAAUACGACACUGCUGACAGGAUCCUGACAGACUCAAUACAGAGAGCAGGCGACAACAUCCUCGCCGUCUUGAAGCACCUGGUGAUGUCAGACAAAUUGGCCGAUUCCUCCGAGUAUCGCCACGGCAACAUGGUCUUCUUUGACCUGCUAGGAGUAGUUGUGGUUGCAUACCCAGCUCGUGUCGGCACCAUCCUCAACUACAUAGUAGCCGCAGCCACCUUCCUGUAUUUGGCCAAGAAAGCCUCGCUGCCUGGCAACGGAGGCGGGCGCUACGUCCGGGAUCUGGCCUGUGCCACGGGCGUGGCGGUUCUGAGCUGGUUCAUCACCCUGCUGUCGGUGCUGAUCGUCGCGCUCUUCGUCACGCUGCUGGGCCGCUCCAUGUUCUGGUACAACCACUUCUACGCUUCCAUCUGCCUCUACGGGACUGCAGCCACCGGCAAGAUGAUCCUCAUCCACACCCUGGCCAAGAACCUUUACUACGGGGGUGUUCGUCUGGUGGAGCUGGGCGAGCUCUACUUCGACGUGAGCCUGCUGCUGUGGUGCUGCAGCUUGGUGUGGCUGACCCAGCAGGGCCUGUGCUCGGCCUACGUUCCCAUGCUGAUGGUGGCCUUCCCUCUGGCCACCAGGCUGCUGCUGACUAAGGAGUUCAAACACAGAGGAGCAUCGGUGAAGUACAGCGUGUUCUACCUGCUGGGCCUGGCGUUGCCGUACGUUCACUUCAUGUUCCUCAUCUGGGUCGUAUUUGAGAUCUUCACGCCCAUAAUGGGUCGCAGCGGCACAGAGAUCCCACCCGAGGUGGUGCUGGCCUCUCUCAUCACCCUGGCAACCAUCUUCCUCUCCUCCUUCUUUCUGCAUUUCAUCUACCUGGUGCGGAGCACUAAGUGGAUCCUGGCUGGCCUGGGCUCCGCCUUCGUGAUCAUGUUCCUCUUGAUUUCGUGCGGCCAGUUCUUCCCUUACUCGGGCAGUGCAGACAGCCCGCGGCCCAAACGGGUCUUCCUGCAGCACACAACCAGGACCUUCCACAACCUCGAGGGACGGGUGGAAAGCCGGGACUCGGGUCUUUGGAUCAACAGCUUCGACUACACGGCCAUGCAGCACGUCACGCCCAUCGUCCCCGAGCUCAACGACAGCGUUCGCACCCAGUGCCGGGAGGACCACCCCUUCUGUGGCUUCCCCUGGUUCCUGCCAGUCAAGUUUCUCAGCAAGAAGAACUGGUAUCUUCCUGCACCCGAAGUGUCCCCCAGCUCCCCGGUGGAGUUCAACCUGCUGUCCAAAGAGGAGACCACCUGGGGGACCAUCAAGAUGACCUUUAGUGUGAAAGGACCUAGCCACAUGUCCUUGUACCUGAUGCCUCACCGUGGAGCAAGCCUCUCCACGUGGUCCUUCGGCGAUGGGAGGCCUCAGUUUGACCUGAGUGGAGAAUACUUUAUCUUUUAUUCCCACGGUCUUGAUGCCCCGACGUGGACCUUCUGGUUCGAAAUACAGCCUCCAAGGGAACCGGACCCGUCGGGCCCUGAGGGGAUGAUCUCCGUCGCCAUCUCCUCCCACUAUUUCUUUGGAGAGGACCAGAGGACUGCUCAGCUGGAGGAGCUCCUCCACAGGUUCCCCACCUGGGCUUUUCCGUCCUUUUGGGUCAGCACCUAUGACAUGUACCGAUACUGACGGCCGCACACGUCAGAGUCUGACGGCGAGCGCCACAUGGCCACCAGGACCGUCCUAGGAGAUGCUGCAGAGCGAGGGGGUGUCCUACCAGCCUUUUUCCACACAAACACGCACAAACACACGCUCACGCUCCCUCCUGGCCUGUAACACCCCAUCACUGUGUCCGCAGGCCCAGUAGCUAAACGGGCCAGAGGUAAGCGCAGCGGCCCGAGGCAUCAGCCACUACAAGCCUCAUGUUCACUCAUUGGUCAGAGCAACCAAGGUGUUAGGAAUCAUUAUUUUUGUUCCUGUUGUGCCUUUGCAUCGCUCACGUCACCUCCCUCUCCUCCUGCUGACUCCCCUUCCCGUUCCUCCCUCCCCCAUGCUGCUGUAACCACUAACACCCUUCUCAGACUUCACUAUGUGCACUGAUGGACGUGUUUGGAAAACGGGGAACAAUCGUUUUUUGUUUGACUCCUCCUCCGACUCUUAACUGGAAACGGUGACAUGUUAAAAGUCACUUUUCAUCAGCACGUAAGAAAAUAUCAGCAAACCAGUUAACUGUGAAACUCAUUGUCAUUCCUCUCAAACAUCACUAGGUUAUAGGCCCUAAAUUAAAACAGCUGGCAAAAAUCCAGAUGUCAUCGUGUUCUUGAAAAGGAUUUCCUAAACAUUUCACAUUGCAGUUACUCUGACAGAAAUAUUCAAGUAACUGCUGCUAAAGCACUCAUUUUUACAUAUACAUGUCAUUUUUAAAUGAAGUUGAUAAUUAUUUUGAUUAAUUUGCAAGCAAUAUGCAUGAAAAAUCAGUUUUAAUACUAAAAUCUUUUAUUAGAACAUUUCAUUUAUUAGAAAAUAGGACGCUGUGUAGCUGCAGUUGAAUCAAAUAGAACAUUUUAAGGCUGGUGGAAGCUGCUCUGUGCUCACGGUUAAUAACGUUUUCCUUCAGCUUAGAGGCAUGUAAUAAAGUCAAAUGAUGCACUGGGUUCGGGUAACAGCUCAUGAACUGUCGCCUGCUCUCUCUUCUCUUUUCAUGAGCGUUGAUCCUCUGUCACAAGUGUCAGAACCAGUAUGAGCAGUCACUGUCAGCAUCACCACUACCUCCCGUACUGGUCCAAACAACAACGAGCACACGUUGUUACUGCUCUGAAAAGACUGUUUUAAAUGUUGAACAGCUCGGAUCGUUUUCGCCGAGGGAAGACUCUCAGCCUGUUUAGUUGUGGUUUAAACACUAUGGAGUGCCGCACCGUGCUGCGUUAUGUAGCUGGAGAAUCUGUUGGGAAGUAUAAGCCUGAGUCUUGCUCAGCCUCCACUAGCAGCUGGCAGUGACACAUCCACGCCCUAUGUGUAAAACCCAAUAGACAAAGCAGAUAUGGAGACUGAAAGUUAAGGUUCAAGCUACACUUCGUGAAAAGGGUUUCACUUUUCACUUUGAUCGUACCACUUGUAUGUUCAUGUUUAUGUAUGUUUUCUCAUUUUUAUUUCUCGGACACGCUGGCUUAAAAAUUGGGAAUAAAACUUGACUGUGAUUCUU